AUGAGUUGCUUGAGCGAGGACUCCAACGUCGCUUUAAAAUCCGAACACAAUCCGCCGGACCUCCCUGCACUUCCUAAGGAAUUCCUCGAUCGCACCCUUGACUUCCUCUCGACCUCGAGCAAUGAAUCCCUCCUUGGGGUUUUUGCUCUCCUUAUACUCGUCACCUAUAUUAUCUUAGGAAGGAUUGGACUGCUCCUGAUUGGUGUGGCCAUCGGGGUUAUCCUACACGCGUCAUGGGAAGGGUCGGACAACCACGGCGAAACGUCACAUACACAGAAGUUUAACAGACGAAGAGAAUUGGCGCUGGAAGUUUCUCACCGACUUCUGGAUUGGCCAAAGCGGGCUACCAAUUCAGACAAUCAGAAUGAGAUUGAUGGGCCUAUAAGUGCACCUGAAGACCUGUCCUCAGCGGACCUCGAGUAUGCCACUUUUCAACCGGCUACUGCCGGCGCCCUAAGGACGCUCACAGAUGCAGUCAUUAAGGACUAUAUCAAAUACUGGUAUGAGCCGCUUUUACCAUCUGAAUCGAGUUUCCCGGGAUCCUGCCGAAGACUCAUGACCCAUUUCAUCACGUCUGUCUCAUGGCACCUAUCACGGAAACGAACAGAGGACACUUUUCUGCAAUUCCUCACCAAUUCCUCGUCUAUCGUCAUUGUCUUCUUGAAUGAACUCGCCGCGGCAUUUGCCGCUGGAGGCUCCUCUCCCACGGAAGCCCAGAAGACGGUGGAACAGUACCUUGAACAAUUCCCAGACAGUAGUCUGGCGAACGUCUUGUCUGAUACCCAGCAGAAGAAGAAGCUCAACAUGAUUGCAGACGACAUCUUGUCUAAUUACCUCGAUUCCAAGGCCUACAGCUGUCCGCCCGUUCGAGACUUUCUUCGCGAAGUCUUCUCAGGUGUUAUAUUAGGCUCCACUGUUACCAGUCUGGCUCGUCCCGAGUUCAUCAACGACUGGAUCAUCUAUCUCCUUCAGGACGGCGAAUCCGAAAUUAUGCACGCUAUUGAUGCGGGCGUGGAAGGCGCCAGGAAUCAGGGCAUCAAAGCCCCCAAACUCCCAGAAGACGCAUCUGCAGACUCGGCCAAGGCUCCGCAGAGGCAGUCUAUGCAGGCAGCAAGGGCUUCAGAGGAAGCUGCGGUUUUGGAGGUGAAACGUCUUAGCGCGUUGAUUGCUUCUCAACCCAUCCAAGAAUCAGACUUAAAACGGCACCCCGACGAAGAAAUCGACAAAAUUCGACCUCUGGAAGCCGAUCUCACUUCAACAACGACACAUGACAACGAAGAAAAGUACGACUAUGAUUCACUGUCUAAUAGACAAUCACUUUCAAGCCCGAAGUCCCCCGAAGAUGUUUCUGCUCCUCCCGUAAUUCUUCAUGGGGCGCAGGUUUUGGUAGACGAUGAUGGAUCAAGAAACGAAAAGGGUCUAAUAAAGUCACGCCCUACGUGGCAAUAUUUACUGCAAGUUGAGCCAGCAUCAAAAAGGUCUACUGGGUGGAUGGUCUUUCGCGAGUAUGCGGACUUUCAGUCCCUUCAUGAAAUGUUGGAGACCGUUUCUCGGUUGAACCUCAUCGAAAGCUUUUCGGAGCGUCAUCCCAUAUUGCCCCCUUGGAAAGGCAAGACAAGACAAGAUCUCGCUCGAGAUCUAGAACACUAUUUGCAAGAUGCCAUGAAGCACGAGUCAUUGGCCGAUAAUAAUCGAAUGCGCCGGUUCCUAGAAAAAGACUCUGGGUCAACUGAAAUAGCUAAUCCCAACAAGCCGGCUUUCUCUUUCCCGAGUCAAUCUACCUUGGAAAAUAUGGGUAAAGGGAUGUUGGGCGCGUUGUCCAAUGCGCCCAAGGGAGUAGCAGGAGGCAGCAAAGCCGUCUUUGAAGGAAUGACGGGGGUCUUUGGAGGCGCUAUCAAUAGCAAGAAGUCUGCUGCCAUUGCCGAUGAGAGUGAACCCAAAGUUGGUGUUUCCAAUCGCGCCAGCUUGUCUCAGGUACGGUCAAGUUUUGGUGAUCGUACCAGUGAAGUCAAAGAUGCUAUUGACUCUACGCUGCUGCCGGUGCAUUCUCUAGACCUCCAAAGAAGUGAGAGUUCCGAGUCACCUUUGGCCGACAGUACCAGUGAUUCUCUUGGAAAUGAUCAAGAUGCGUGGGCUAUAGAGACCUCACUCUCCAAAACCUCGCUUGAUCCCAAUGCCCACGCUACAGAUCCCGACACCAAGGAAAUAGCUGAUCAAAACUCGACACAUCGUCGAUCUGAGACUGUGCAGAGUGUCGAUUCACCCCGCAAGAAAGAAAACCCCAUCACGGCCGAUGAGACGCAAAUUGCAGUAGAGCUGAUUUUUGCUGUCAUCAACGAAUUGUAUACUUUGUCUUCUGCGUGGAAUAUCCGCCGGACUCUUCUGAAUGCCGCCAAAUCGUAUAUUCUACGUCCUGGAAGUCCGACACUGGAAACAAUUCGUACUCUCUUGCAAGAUUCCAUGAUACGAGACCACACUUCAGACGAAGCCAUUGGGGAGUAUCUUGCCAAACUUCGUGAGAAUGCGCUCCCGACAGAAGACGAGCUUAAAGCAUGGCCCCCUCCACCUAGCGAGGAGGAAAAGAUUCGUACACGAGAGACUGCACGCAAGUUGUUCGUACAGAGAGGUAUCCCACAAGCGUUAACAAGUGUGAUGGGGGCAGCUGCUAGUCGCGAAGCGCUGGAGAAGAUCUUUGAUAGUCUUCAAGUGGAGACUGUUGCGCGAGGAUUCGUCUUCUCAGUUCUCUUGCAAGGUCUACGAGUCUUGACCCUAUGA